AUCUCUGAAGGAAGUUUGGCACCUUGUGGACCAUCAACCGCAUCUGCACCCUGGAGCCGUCAAAGAUGUUUUUCCGCCUCCCAAGGUUAACUCCUGGGUACAUCCGAUAUCUGCAGACACAGGCCGUGCAUAGUGUGGACAUGAAGACCAGUGGCUUGGCCAUGCCCCGUGUGGCUGUGCUACUGGGUGCCCUGGGCAUUGGGGUGUCCGGCUACAGCUCCCGCCAGCUCGCCAUGCACCACAGACCGUCUGCCCGAGUGCUGCGGUGGAUGGACGGACCUGCUGCUCCCAGCGGUGGAUUCCACACUGCCUCUGCUUUCCCCCAACAAGCAGUGGUGGCUCCUGGCUCGGAGCGGCAGCUAUUUCCUGUGACAAAAUUGCCUUAAGCACAGGUUUCCCAAACCAGGAGAGGCAAAACAUGUUGUAAACAAGAGUUCAAUCCCCUCCAAAUAUUUUCUGCAAUUUGGUCCACUUUUGCAUCCCCUUCAACUACAAAAAUACAUACACUACCGUCACCUGGUGUGAACUGAGCGUGCAGUUUGAGGGGGCCAGAUGAACGUUUCACUCUGCUUUAUGGCGAGUGAUGUUUCGAGAUUAAUGACAUUUUAAGACUGGGUGCCUUUGUCAAGCCUGAAGAGCUCUGAUGGCUGCUGGCGUAGCUGCCAUGGGCACAGAUUGCUAGCAAAUUGCUCCUCCGAGGCAGACUGCCAUUCCUGGAUGUUGGGGAGCCAGUCCACAUCCAGAGCUUGCCACUCAGUCUAAUGAAUGACGAUUUAGAGCCAUUGGCAACAGUCCCAUGGAGUAUUUCAAUCUGUCCUCUAAUGAAUCUGAACACUUCAGAGACACUCGUUUGUCUUUGAUCAGUGAGGGAAUGGUGGCGAUUUUGUUUAUUUUUCUACAGAAUAAUUACACUGAGGGAAAAACUAGAGACUCUCAAGAAAUGGGGCUUUUGGUGAGCUUAAUUUCGACAAUACAGUAAUCAGUUCAAUGACAAACCACACAUGCAAGGUUCGCCGUGCAAACAACUAAUGUAAACCCUGUCACAUGAAUAAAGAGCCUUUUAGA